GUAUCGGCAUUGACGACACGUUCGUGAUGCUGGCGGCGUGGCGCCGGACGCGCCUGCAGGACCCGGUGCCGGUGCGGCUGUCGCACGCCUACGAGGAGGCGGCUGUCUCCAUCACCAUCACCUCGCUGACCGACAUGUUCUCCUUCUGGGUGGGCGCCGUCACGCCCUUCCCCAGUGUGCAGAUCUUCUGCGUCUACACCGGCAUGUCUGUGGUGUUCACCUACCUGUGGCACGUGACGUUCUUCGGCGGCUGUAUGGCCGUGUUCGGCUAUCUGGAGGAGCAGGGUCGUCAUGGAGUGACCUGUCGUCCCGUGCUGCCCGUCUCCCAGUCAGAGGACAGAGGGUGCUGGUACCAGCUCUGCUGUUCCGGAGGAAUCUCCAAGUCGGACCCAUGGAACGAGAAGGACAAUAAGGAUCACAUCAUCAUGGUCUUCUUCCGGGACGGCGUGGCUCAACUCCUCAAUAUCCCGGCCAUCAAAGCGUUCGUCAUCAUGGUGUUCCUGGUGUACCUCGGCGUGGCCAUCUGGGGCUGCACCAUGGUCAGAGAGGGUCUGGAGCGACGCAGGCUCUCCAAGGACGACUCGUACUCAGUCCAGUUCUACGACGUCGAGGAUCUGUACUUCCGAGAGCAUCCGUACAGAGUACAGGUGAUCGUGCAGGGCAAGAUGGACUACUCCGACCCGGAGGUGCAGCGUCAGGUGGAGAAGCUGUUGCAGACGUUCGAGAACUCGACCUACAUCGAGGGCCGCUUCUACACCGAGUCGUGGCUUCGGGACUGGGUCAGCUUCGUGGAGACAAGCGCGCCCAUCCUCAACAUGAACGUCAGCACGCCUGAGCUCUGGCUGGAGGGAUACAAGACGGCGUUCCUGGGCGGCUCCAGCCCCAUCACACUCGACACGGCUUUCAACGAGAAGGGAGAGAUUGUCGCCAGUCGCUUCAUCAUCCAGACGCGGCACAUCAACAACACGCUCGAGGACAAGGACAUGAUGCUGGAACUGCGCCGCAUCUGCGAGGAAUCCGAGCUCGAGUGCUCCAUCUUCCAUCCGCUCUUCGUCUUCUUCGACCAGUUUGUGCUGGUGCGCACCGUCUCCAUCCAGUCCAUCUCGAUCGCCGCCGGCAUCAUGUGCGUCGUCUCCCUCAUCUUCAUCCCGAACCCGGUCUGCUCGCUCUGGGUGGCCUUCAGCAUCCUUAGCAUCGAGAUCGGCGUCAUCGGCUACAUGACCCUCUGGGGCGUCAACCUGGACAGCAUCUCCAUGAUCAACCUCAUCAUGUGCAUCGGAUUCUCGGUGGAUUUCUCGGCGCACAUCAGCUACGCGUACAUGGCGGCGCACGGGAAGACGGCCGAUGAGAGGGUUCGUCUGUGCCUGCACGCCCUUGGUCUACCGAUCCUUCAGGGAGGCUUCUCCACCAUCCUUGGCGUGGCCACGCUGUACUUUGCACCGUCCUACAUCUUCGUGACGUUCUUCAAGACGAACUUCCUGGUGAUCUUCUUCGGCAUGGUGCACGGCAUCUUCCUGCUGCCUGUGCUGCUGUCGCUCUUCGGGCCCGGCUCCAACUGCUGCGGCGGCGGCCACAUCCACGUCGAGCCCACGGAGGUGAAGCCGAACUCCCUGGCGGCGCUGCCGACCGCUGACGGCACGUUCUACGUCAACGGCGGCGGCCAGAUCGUCACCCUGCACGGGAAGGCGGGUGAAAUGCCGCCUCUGCGCAUCCCGCGGCCUCAGUCCAGCCGAACGUCGCGCACGGACUCGUCAGUCCGGCUCACCACCGGGGCCUUCACCGUGGCUGAGGAGUCGCCGCCAUCGCUGCCUAAGGUGGAUCAGACCGCCCUGGACAAGGACCUCGGUCUGGGCACCUCUGGCGAGGACAGUAUCGAGAGCAGCCUCUCCAAGGGCGCCUCCAAGAGCGCAGCGUCGGCCAGCGGCGGCCGACGCGCGCAUCGCACCAAGUCGGCGCCGCUCUCGCUGCUAGAGAUGUACAACAAUACCGGUUACGUGAGCGACGACGAGACGAGUAGCCCUCGCCGGCCGCGCGGCCACCGCGGCGGAGUGAAAUAACACAGCCCCGGAUAGCUAGACUACCAGCAACCGAGAGCUAGUCAGCCGCCGGAUUCGAGCGGCCCGCCACGCCGCGCCGGUGGCGCCCCCUUUACAGGGCGGGCGCUACAGAUGGCGCCAGUGUCACCCGACCGACCUCACCAGGUGGUCAACAAGGCGUGGCACAGCGCGGCUCGGGCGCUAGCCCUGAUGUUAUGUGUUGUCGCUCGCUGCUCACUCUGAUCGCUUUGUGUGAGCCUGUUCAGUCGCGACCUCGAGUGAAGCUGUGUCUCUGUGAGCGAGCAAUGAUGCACGUUGGCGCGUCCAUCAUCCGGAUCACUGAGGGACCAAGCCACGACAAGUACAUGUCGCGCCGUGACCUCGCAACGCCGGACGUUGCGAGACAUUGAGCAAGCUGACGGCGUGCCACUUGCCAAACCGCAGCGCCAGUGAGCAGACAAACCUGUGCUGCCAUCUAUGCGGAUCGUCGCUCAACCGAGAGACAGUGUAUGACCUCGGCCCGCUGCCUCGCGCAGCUUCACGGACAUUUGCGGGUGCGUUUGCUAAGAGUUAUUCAUUGCUGUGCUCGUGUGUAUCAUUCUCUGUCGUGCUGCCGGUUGCCAAACCUGCGCAUUUCACCGUAUGUUGACUCGUGAGUGGCUACCAGACGUACCUCUGGCCCGAGGUCGCUCAGUCGUCCAGCCACCGUCAGGGGCCGUGUCACCAGUCACCGCCGGCGCUGACGUCCUCUCAGUGACGUCAUCGCCGGCGGUGACGUCACUGGUCACCGAGUGGUGACGUCACAGGUCAUCAACCGCGGUGACGCCAGAGUACGUAUCGCAUACGCGGGAAAUAUAUUAUUUGUACAGUCUAA